AUGUCUGAUAUCGACACUCUCGGCCAGGCCGAGUCUCAUUCUGGUCAUGACGGGGUGGACAAACAACGAACCCGCCACCGACAAAUCAGCAACCGGGCGGUAAUCGAAAACCCUCUCUCUCACUAUACCGACGAACAGCUCGAGGCAGAUGUCACCUCUUUCGCGGAGAGGCAUCUGAACGUCGACAAGGGGCGUUUGAUACGGGCUGCACGCGUAGCAAAGGACAUCAAACUCUACGACGAAGUUGCGAGAAACCCAAGCGAUGCAGCAGGAAAGGAGCUUCCGGUCCAGCUGACGCCAGAGGAAAACCGGGCACUUGUUCGGGAACGCGAUGUCCCCUUCAGCGAAAAGGGGAUGUGGACCAUCAUCAUCACAGUAUCACUCGCAGCAUUUUUACAAGGCCAUGUGCAGGCGUCAUUCAACGGCUCGUCUCUUUAUGACACGGAGUUCGGACUGAACACGACGGCCAAGGGAAACGACAACAGCGUGACGGGAAGCCACGCUGAAUUAGGCAUCGACGACUGGAAACUGGGGGCUGCAAAUGCGUCUCCUUUCUUGUUCGCCGCGGUGCUGGGCUGCCCUCUUGCGCUGCCGGUAAACCAUUAUCUCGGUCGUAAGGGGGGUAUGGUGGUGGCUGCCUUUCUUAUCUUGGUCAGCUCUAUUGCUUCGGCCUUUGCGACGAACUGGGUGCAUCUAUUUUGUAUUCGACUGGUGAAUGGGAUAGGUAUGGGUCUCAAGGCCGUCAGUACUCCUAUCCUCGCCAGUGAGACCGCGGUCGGUUUCUGGCGUGGCACCUCCAUUCUUGCAUGGCAACUAUGGGUAGCCGCAGGCUUAAUGGUCGGAUUUGCCUUCAAUUUGAUAUUCGAUACAGCGGCCAACAAGCGGCUUACCUUCCAACUCAUGGUGGGCGCGCCAAUGGUCCCCGCACUUGCGCUGCUCGUUCUGGUCAUUUGUUUCUGUGAAGAGAGCCCGCGGUAUCUGAUGCGCGUGUCGAGUCCGCGGUACGACCCCCAGCGGGCCUACGAGAUUCUCAAGAAGCUGAGGAAUACUGAGCUGCAGGCUCUCCGGGAUAUAUACCUCGUACACAAGUCCAUUGAGCAAGAGGAAGUGCCGGGCGGCGUCGCGAACCUCAAGUACAUACCGGGAUUCUUCUCGACUGUAGUGGGAUUCUUGCGGCAGUGGAGGCAACUGUUUCUUGAGAGGCGGCUGAGGAACGCAUUGAUUAGUAGCUCGACUGUGGCGCUUGCCCAGCAACUGUGUGGAAUCAAUGUGCUGGCUUUCUACUCGGGCACGCUCUUUAGUCGUGCCGGCGCGGUGAAGCGGGAUGCCAUGUUCUUCAGCUUGGGUUACGGAGCCGUCAACUUCAUCUUCGGCCUACCGGCCAUCCGAACGAUCGACACAUUAGGCAGACGGAAAUGGCUGAUUCUGACUCUGCCCGUAAUGGCACUCUUCAUGCUUCUCGCAGGCGUCUCCUUCAACAUACACAACCCGGAUGCGAAGGUCCCGGUGGUGGCCCUGUUCAUCCUGCUGUUCGCGGCCGCGUACUCACCCGGUCUGGGACCUAUCCCGUUCACCUACGCGUCAGAGAGCUUCCCGCUAUCGCACCGCGAAGCCGGCGCCGCGGUCGCUAUCGCGGUGAACCUAGGCUUCGCGGGUCUGCUCUCCGUCUUCUUCCCGCGGAUCAAUUCCAGGCUGGGCGAUGGCGGCUCGCUGUAUCUAUUUGCGGGGCUGAACAUCCUAGCUCUGGUCAUGGUGUUUUUGCUGUUGGAGGAGACCAAGAGGCGCAACCUGGAGGAUCUGGACCUAGUAUUCGCUGUUUCCAAGCGGCAGUUCGUCAAGCAUCAGGUCGUUGAGUACCUGCCGUGGUUCUAUCGGCGUUAUGUCCUGCGGAGGCGCGAGUACAAGCCGAGUCUGUACCUUGAUCUGAUUUGGGGGACUGGAGGCGAUGAACAUGAGCGGACGCGAGUGAGAGAUCCGGGACGGAUGAACGGGGAGAGGGAUGAUUCCGAGUCGGACGCAGAUAGCAACCACGCCUAA